AGAAGAUGCUUGUGGUACUGAGAGACGGAAGGAAAUUGGUCGGAGUGAUGAGGAGCUAUGACCAAUAUGCCAAUCUCAUCUUCCAAGACACAGUGGAGAGGAUUCUGGUCGGAGAGAAGUUCGUUGAUAUCCCAAAGGGCCUCUUCCUGAUCAGAGGAGAGAAUGUGGUGAUGCUUGGCGAGGUGGACCUGGAUGCUGACCCGCCUCCGCAACUGGCUACCGUUGCGCCCGAGUCGAUUCCCGAGCUAGUCAAGUCACACGAGGAGGAGAGAGCUUUGCGGAGAAAGCGGGAAGUGCGGAAAGCCGAGGUGAUGAAAGCGCAAAAGGGUUUCUGCGAGGAGGGAGCAGAGGGGGACAAUUACUGAGAAAAAGGGAGAGGAUGAGCGGGUAGCGGCCACGGGCGACGGGCGGUUGGCCAUCGCCUUUCACGGCCAGUCGUAUACGCUGUUCAGGUCAGCUCUGUCUAUG